UAUGGCAUACGGGUUCUAUCUAGUUUUGAAAUUCGUUUUGUUUACGCGGAUUUCUCGGUACGCUAGAAACGAAGAUACGAGAGUGACGAAGAGGCGCGACGGUUAGAAGGCCGGUAGUGUGACGGGCCGCGUGGUAGGAGGUUGCUGCGAUUCAAUUUCAGUCGAAGCGCGCCAGGCAGACCGAGCGCCAGCAAGAACUGGCUGUUCUCUUUUCCGCACCUUGUGUCUCGCUUUUCGAAUACUAUCGAAUCUCCUGACACACACGCGUACCGCAUUGUACCUUUCUUCGCUCUACCAUGGUAUAUACGUGAAACUAGGAUGCACAUGUGUCCGUAGAAGAUGUUAGUAGAAGGUGUGUGUGUGCACGCGACCGAAGCCAGCCCUUCAGCAUCCGAGCAAGUGUUUACGUCGUGCGUGUAACCCAACGCGGACAACCGUUGCUUCAAAACCAGUAUUUGCAUUUUCGAACGCGUUCGAAAAAUACGGUACGUCAGCGACCUAGUUUUGAGAGCAAAAUGUCGAGUGACGGGGCUCGUGAGAGUGAUCUUUGACUUCGACCGAUCGAAUACGUGAAAUUCGUUAACGACUUUUUGUACCGCAACGGUAGUUGAGUCAUCGAUGUUUUUGUUUUGAUAUGUGUGUAGAAUUUUCAAAAAUAAACCGAGGUAAUGAAUGUAUCAUUGAUAUGUGAAGAAUACGUUUGAAUGUCAAUAAAAAGACAUACAGUGAAUUUGGACAUAGACAAUCGACAUUAUGUAUAUAUAAUUUUCGAUAUAAUCGAGUUUCGAUAGUUUCGACGAUAGACUUGGGUCGCGAUAUAAUCGUAUAAUUUGUGUGACCACGUGACACGGGAUGCGACCGUUUGCCGCCAUGAGAGCACGGGGAUAAGGAAGAAACAACGUUUCUCAGAAUGGAAUUUGGAGGUUACAAAGGUACUGGUCCUCGAGUUAGGGUGCGACGACGUGCGGAAUUAGGCAGACGGCUCACCAGGAGGCUAUCUCUGGUCGCGAAAAUGCCAGCUGCCAUUCUCAGCAAAGCGAAUCCACCUGAACCAAGGCCAGUAGAGAUCACAGCAAUCGCUCCUGACAAGACACACCUCACCCUACCUGGAGUGUCUCCUGGAGCUAUUUCAUCCGUGGUUGCACCCGUGUUAUUAAAGUAUCGGGUCUGCAGACCGAGAUUGUUGCUCGCCGGUUCUCGAGCCGAGGUCGAUCCAGCCGCAGAUGUGGGAUUGUUGCACGGGGAAGUUUUGUUGAUCGAGGACUCGGCGAGACAGUACGAUCCGAUAGGAGAUACGGACAGGAGAUACAGAGCCACGGAAAAGUUGUUGCAUGCAGAAGAGGAGUAUCACGAAGCUUUGUGCAGCGCGAAAGAAUUGUACGCACGGCCCCUGGCGCGAAAUUAUCCCGAAUUUCACGAUGUCAUCUUUCAACCGCUCGCGGAUCUCUCCGUGGUCACUUCUGAACAUUGCCAGAGGAUCCGCAGCGCACUCGAGAAUUGGGACGGCGGUACCUUCAAAUCGAGUGAUUUGUUUCCUGCCUCGUUUUGGAACUCUUACUGGGAAUACCUGGAGAGCUAUGGGGAGGCCAGGAGGAUUCUUGACGAAUUGAGGGCAUUCGAGGAUCCCCUACUCCACUUCCUCGGUCUUAGGCAAGCUGCGGCCAGGCAUUCCCCGUCCUCGUUACUUCUUUUACCGGUCCAGAGGCUGGCCGAAUACGAGAGGUACCUGGGCCAAGAGGCGAGGAAUCUAGUGGAGAACGGAAACGGAAGCGUCGGGAGUGGCGCCGUUCUCCAACGUGGCCAACUGGAGGGAGAUCUUCAUCGUAUCCAGGAAUUGUUUCCUGGCGAUAAUCUCCGGCUGCACGAGCGAGAUGUCCUCACUACGAAAAUGAAGAGUCUUAUUCGCAAGAGGAACAGUGGAAAUCCUGGAAGGCUCACGAGAGUGUUGUCGCAAAAAUCAUUGAACGUGUCCAACAACUCACCAGCCCCGAAAUCUCCGCCGAGAACCUUCCUCUUGGAGACACCGGUACAAUUCACCACCGGUGUGCAGUCCCAGGACAGACAUCUUUUUCUCUUCUCGGAUCUGUUGCUCAUAGCAAAGGCACGAAACGGAGGUAACUUCAAGCUGAAACAAUCCGUAAGGAUGAGCGAGUUGUGGCUAACUGCCGGGCACAUAGAGGACGUGGCCGAGACGAGCAAAUCUCAGGAAACGAGCUUCGUCCUGGGUUGGCCCACCACGAACGUCGUCGCCACUUUUAUGACUGCUGCAGCCAGGGAUCUCUGGUGGGGACGUUUGACCGAACUCGUACGAGAGGAGAGUAUGAAGGAGCCGCCGGACACGAACAUUCAAGUCGUGUAUCACGACAGUGACACGAACACGGAAUACUGCAAGACGAUUAUGGUCGGAUCCGAGAUGACUGCGGCAGCUUGCGUCAAUUUGGCCACUCGCCUGUUGGAUCUCCAGGGCCCUUUCCAAUUGUGGGCCAGAACAUCCGCGGACGAAGCGCCCUAUCCAUUGAUAGGGCACGAGAGGCCUUUCGCGGUGAAACUGUCGAAUCUACGGCACACCCUGUCCGCCGAAGAGGGUUUCGAUCUGGAGCAUUGCAACAAAAGUGGUCACGACACGUGCCACUUCAUAUUAAGGCCGGUACCGAAAUCGCCUGUGAAGAAGAAUAAAUCGAAGAUCACUGGAUUGCUCAGGAGAUCCCUUUCGUUGAAUCCGAGUUUAUUCGGUGUCAAUCUGUCCAGACUCGACGAGAACGGGUUGCCUAAACCCGUGCUGGUCAUGCUUCAACAGCUGUUCGCGAAGGGGCCAUUUACGCAGGGAAUCUUUAGAAAAUCGGCCAACGUGAGAAUUGUACGAGAGCUACGGGAUCAAAUCGAGUCCACGGGCGACCCGAGCUGUUUGGAGGAUGCCCCUAUCAUUGCGGUGGCAGCUUUGCUCAAAGACUUUCUGAGGUCUUUACCGGAUCCUUUGCUAACUUCCCACCUGUUUCCCCUCUGGAUGGAAAGUUUGGAAACGAUAAAUCCUGUCCAAACUAUUAAAAAUAUUCUAGAUAGAUUACCCAAAGCGAAUUAUACCCUGCUGUCACAUUUAAUCUGCGUUUUACACCAUGUGGCACGGCGGUCGAAGCACAAUCUUAUGUGCGCCAGUAAUCUGGGCGUGUGUUGCGGACCCAGUUUACUCUGGUCUCCGAAUCCAUCCGUGAAUCAAAGUAGAGCGAUACCUACGCUGACAGAAAUGUUGAUUCGUCACUGCGAGGUUCUGUUCGGCGAAGGUGUCACGCAGCUUUUCGGGGAAGAACGCAGCGACAGUGGAGCCGAAGAAAGCACCGAUAGCCUUCACUCAGGUGGGCUUUCUCUGGACAGCCUGGACCUGACGGAACCACCACGCAAGGACCAUAUGUCUCUUUCUCGAGACUCCGGCCUGACCUUGUCAGAUUGUCAACUCUUCAUCCCGGAGUCCCCUGUCGGCUCCGAGGAUUCCGCCGUGAAUGCCUCGUCAUCCAGCUUCGACAAGUCUCUCACCAAGGAGGACAAGUCCGCCAACAAAUCGUACAUUCGUGUCUACGGUGGAUGGGAGGAGAGAAUAAACGGUUACACGGCGAACAAUCAUCAUCCGAACACCGUGGAGCAUAAUUUCAGGGAGGAGAAGAACAGCAUCGGUUACCCCAAUCCGAAUUUCCAAAGACAAGAUUGGUUGAGGGCACAAUUGAAGAGAACGCCGAGGACCAAAUUGGACGAACAUGAUCACCGCAAAGACAGGUUCGACGAGAAGGAUAUCUACGGAAGGGAAUAUCUGAGACAAGAUUCCAUGAAGGAGAACGUGGAGAAUUGCAAGGACAUUUACAGGAACUCCCAGCUGGACAUUACGCGGGAUCUUAGGUCUGAAUACGAAAGAGCGACGCAGCAGGAUAUUUGUACGGAACGGGUCUCGAUUCACAAUUCGGAGCAGGAUCUGUCGGGGGAUACGACGUUGACCAGUGACAGAUACGAAUUCAAGAAGGAGCGUUUCAACGAGUUCAAAAAGGUCAAGUCGGAAAUGUAUGUUAAUCGCGAAUCACCCGUCUCGCAGAACGGUAGCUACCAUUCGGGUAGCGAUCUUUACGAGUUUAAGAAAGUGAAGAGCGAGAUAUACGUGAAUAAAGAGACGACACGUACGGAAAGAUACGAAUCUGAAAGUAGUAUCUACGGAAACAGGGACAGAACGAGCGAGAUAUACGGCUCGAGAGAGAGAAACGAUUUGUACUCGUUCAAGCAGGCCGAGGCAAUCGAUUUGUACGGCGACGAAGACGACGAAGAGGAGAGAACGUGGCCUGAUACACCGCCACCGCUUCCACCGAGAUUGAGGCAUCUGCCGCCAGUGCACAUGAAUCUGGAGGACAGGCACAAAGUGGCCGGAAGGUCAAGGUCUUUGCCACCGCCGCCUCCUUAUCGUCCGCCUCCUCAACCUCGUGCCUCGGUUACUACCAGACAUCUGGGAUACGGAAGAUCCGUAGUUGACGACGAGAGUUACGUUUAAAAAAAAAAACGAGGAGUUAUAGAAUUGUGGUCGCUUGUAUAUUGUAUGCGUGUGUGUAGGUAUCGUGUGCAUGUAUGUGUGUGUAUGUGUGUGUGUGCAUACGCGCGUCUGUGUAUAUGUAAAUGUCGCGGCACCUCGAGAAUCAAAGAAGCGAAAAGUCGCAAGUCGAGAUCAUGGAUACAUGGGUGGUGUAUAUGUGGUCUCAUUACGGCUGAAACUAGUCCAAACUGGAACAUAUGUAUGAUAUCGGGAACAAUAGCGAUGUACAUACAAUAUCUUAUUGCAUGGAACGAAGAAAAAUACGUUAUAACAUCGCUUGAUUGUUCAUUUCGUUAAAAUAUGUAAAUCUACGAUAGAUUAUGAAUUAGAAAUAUAAGUUGUAUAAGCACAUUGUGUAAGUCACAAAACGUUAUCGGUUGUUUCGCGAUUUUUAGCGAUAGGACUUAACUGUUAUACAGUGAUUCAGGGUGCUUCCUUAACGAAUCUUAAUUAAUAGAUUUUUUUUUUUUUCUCUCUCUAUUAGACAUUCAUAUAGAAACGUUUAUUGUUAAAUGUAAGCUUUAGCGGACAAGACUUGCGUCGAAAUGAUAUUAUUCGUAAUUUCUUUUCUUACGCGAAGAAUUUUUGUAAAAAAACGAGAAUAAAGGAGAAUGAAAUAUAUAUAUAUAUAUAUAUAUAUAUAUACAUAUAUAUAUAUAUACUUAUAUAUACAUAUGUAUAUAUAAAGUAUAAAAUAUACACAUACUAUGCGAGCAGAGAGAAAAAAAUAUUUCCAUAGAUAUUCGAAUGCAAACUGCUUUCAGACAUCAAUAUCUGUGGAACGAAUCGCGAUAAUAAAAUGUAAAUUUUAUUGCAGUCGAAUCAAGAAAGGUGGAGUGAGGUUUGUUUCCAUUCGUUGUUUUAACAUUAUCUUUUUAAAUACUUUUAACCAAACGCACAUCUCUUUAUCGAAAUGUCUCGUAAUUUCGAGAUUGUUUCAUGUUUGCUAAUAUGUUCCGCGCAAUAAGAAAACAGCAUUGACUCC